AUGCCAGCUCCUGGAGUGGGAAGUACCCUAGGAGCUGGCGCCUAUGUAUUAUCAGGAGAGGUUGCCAAGACAAAGGCAGGUCCCUCAAUUGUUCUGUCCUUCUUCAUAGCAGCCAUUGUAUCAGUACUUGCAGGGCUUUGUUAUGCUGAAUUUGGGGCCCGAGUCCCAAAGACUGGCUCUGCCUAUGUCUAUAGCUACAUCACAGUUGGCGAACUGAUUGCUUUUAUCAUUGGUUGGAACCUCGUUCUCGAAUAUGCUAUUGGAACUGCAAGUGUAGCAAGAGCUUGGACUGCAAAUUUCAAUACAUUGGUUGACUAUAAAAUCUCCAAUUUCCUAAACUCCACCAUGCCUAUUCAUGUUGAUUUCUUAGCGGAAUAUCCAGAUUUCUUUGCGUUGGGUCUGGUGGCAUCACUUACAAUUAUUCUUGCUAUCGGAGUGAAACAAUCUACAAUCUUCAACAGUGUUUUUACAGUCCUCAAUCUCCUUGUACUUACCAGUGUUAUCGUCUGUGGAUUUUUCAACAUUGACUUUAAGAACUGGAGCAUUGACAAAAGUGAAGUACCCUCUGGGUACGGUGAUGGUGGGUUCAUGCCUUAUGGCAUCUCCGGAAUGUUGUCUGGGGCUGCUACAUGUUUCUAUGGAUUCAUUGGAUUUGACUGUAUUGCUACCACAGGUGAAGAAGCCAAAAACCCUCAGAAAGCCAUCCCCAUCAGCAUCAUCGUCAGCCUCUUCAUUGUGUUCAUCUUCUACUUCUUGAUAUCACUGGUUCUGACCACGAUGUCUCCUUAUUAUCUGCUAGAUGCUAGUGCUUCUUUACCGUUUGUCUUUGAGAGAAUUGGAUGGACCAUUGCCAAAUAUGUGAUUGCAAUUGGCGGCAUUUGUGCUCUGACUGCCAGCAUGGUAGGUUCAAUAUUUCCCUUACCCAGGAUUGUGUAUGCAAUGGCUGAGGACCGCAUAAUCUUCGGUGCCCUUUCUCAAGUAUCAGACAAGUCCAAGACCCCUGUCCUGGCAACGGUGGUCGCUGGACUCUUUGCAGGUCUGACUGCUCUCAUUUUUGAUCUCACUGAACUGGUGGAUAUGAUGUCCAUUGGAACUCUCCUAGCUUACUCGUUUGUGGCCAAGUGUGUUGUUAUCUUACGUUUAACACACUAUAAUUUCUUGGACAUUUAUAAAGAGAAAGGUCUGUUUGCAAUUGCUUUGUGUGUUGUCCUGGUGAAUGCAGAAGAUGACCUGACCAGUGGCUGGGCCAUUUACUUGAUUAUUCAGUUCAUAGUCCUCAUCAUUAUUUGCAUGAUAAUUAUUGCUAUGCAGCCAUCCAACACUGCCAACAUCCCAUUCAAAGUGCCAUUUGUACCAUUUCUGCCAGAAUUUAGUGCUGCUGUGAACAUUUAUCUCAUGCUCAAGUUAUCGCCUUCAACAUGGAUACGAUUUUGUGUAUGGAUGGUUAUCGGCUUCUUCAUAUAUUUUGGCUAUGGUUUCCGAAAGAGCAAGCUUGCUGAGCAGAAGUGAAACUGAGGAGAUCGAAGCACAGGCUGAAUUAACAGGAUUAUAUAAGCAACAUUGAUGACCAAUCUCUAAUAACUUGAAGCAGCUACCAUUUAAAAUAUAUACA